UGUUCGGUCUAGAAUAUAUUUGUUUGUACUUGUUUAUUGGCCGUAGCAAGUGCAAAAACGAUAAAUUGAUAGGAUAGUGAUAGAUGCCACGCAACUACUUCGUUAACACAUGCUGCAGUCAUCAGACUGAUACACACCUGUGCCCCUGCAGCAACACGCCCCAGCGGGCAACAAACAGCACACACUAUUGAUUGGAACCACCUGUUAGAACGCUCCGACGCGAGCUUCCCACUCACCAGCAAAACGGAAUUACUCCGCCACGUAUUCGGGUAGCAGUGUUCAACAUGCUGCGACGCCAGCUGGCUCGAUUGCCUCCAAAAAUGUGGAUGUUGUGCGUGCAGGCGGCUUUAAUAGCCACCCUGGUCAAGGGCUCGGUGUCGCUGUCGGACAAUCUAGUUGGCCGAGCACAGACGCCGUACAACCCCAGCAAGCUCUCGGAGUCCAAAUUCCUGGAAUACAGCAAUCUGUCGAACAAACUGCACCUGCGGGAAGCCAUCAGCAACAUACUGAUUCCACGAGUGGUGGGCACCGGCAAUCACAGCCUCGUGAGGCAGUACAUCGUGGAGAGCCUGAGAGACCUAGACUGGCAUGUGGAGCUGGACAGCUUCCAUGAUACGGCCCCCAUUAUGGGUCAGCUGCAUUUCCACAAUAUCAUUGCCACCCUGAAUCCGAACGCAGAGCGUUAUUUGGUCCUGGCCUGCCACUACGACAGCAAGUACAUGCCGCAGGCGGAAUUUCUGGGAGCCACUGACUCCGCUGUGCCCUGUGCCAUGCUGUUAAACCUGGCCCAGGUGCUGCAGGAGCAGCUAAAACCCUUCAAUACGUCCAAACUGAGUCUGAUGCUUUUGUUCUUCGACGGCGAGGAGGCGUUCGAGGAAUGGGGACCCAAAGACUCAAUUUACGGUGCCCGCCACCUAGCCAAACGCUGGCACCACGAGGGCAAACUAGAUAGCAUCGAUAUGCUUGUUUUGCUGGACCUGCUGGGUGCCCCCGAUCCGGCGUUCUACAGUUUCUUCGCUAACACAGAAUCGUGGUACAUGAGCCUCCAGUCAGUGGAGACGCGUCUCGCGCAGAUUAACUUGUUGGAGCGUUAUGCCAGCAGUGGGGUUUCUCAGCGGGAUCCCACGCGAUACUUCCAGUCGCAGGCCAUGCGCUCCUCCUUCAUCGAGGACGACCACAUACCGUUCCUCAGGCGCAAUGUACCCGUUCUCCACUUAAUACCAGUGCCCUUCCCCAGCGUCUGGCAUACGCCCGACGAUAACGAAAGUGUGAUCGAUUAUGCGACGACGGACAACCUGGCGCUGAUUAUACGGCUCUUUGCGUUGGAAUACUUCUUGGGUGCAGACCAGGCAAAGUAGUAGGGGCCUCGUGUGGGAUCCCCCCAAAAGCAGAAAUAUCUAUGAUAUUUAUAGAUGUAUAGUAAGUAAAUAUGUAUGUAUGUAUAUGUACACGACGGCCUUAUCUAUCUGACCUGUCCGAUAUCAAAAAUGUUGUUAACUAUUGUUACUCGCUGUGGAAAUCAUGUGGAUCUUAUUGUUAAUUGACUAUUCUGGCCGGCCCCUAAAAAUCCAAUGUGUAAUCCAAAUAUUUUUAUAGAUAUUUAUACGUAUGUAUGUAGAGUUCCAACUGAAGAACUGCUCAUCUAAUGGCAUGUUAAAUAGAUGUAUGUACCAUAGGUAUAUCUAUUUAUUUUUCGUUUGUAUAACUGCUAGAAUUAUGCUUAACAAACGCAAAUACACAAUACAGUAAAUGUACCUUAAAAACAAUUUAGCGGAUCUAAACUAACUUUACAAGCACGUGUCCUAACUAGUUAAGCGUCGCGCGUAGAAACAUUAGCUCCAACAAAUUAUAUGGCAAAGUCGUAAACUAACUUAAGAACUAGCUAAAAUCGUCAAAAAUCUUGUUUUAAU